AUGGCACCGUCAAUAAUCGACCUUCCUACAUCUCCUAAUGGUCAAACACGCCAUAAAGCAGCCACGGAUGGCACCAUCGAUACCGAAUUCUUAAUCGUCGGUGCGGGACCGGCAGGUGCUGCACUGGCAUGUUUUCUCAGUUCAUAUGGAAUCAGAGGAAUCAUGAUCAGUGCCUCCCCGGGUACUGCCAAUACACCCAGGGCCCAUAUUACCAACAUGGCAGCACUAGAAUGCCUCCGGGAUAUCGGUCUUGACCAAGAAAUCAACAAAGCCGCGUGCAGCGGUGAUCAGCAUAUGGUACAUACUAGAUGGUGUCACAGCAUGGCUGGUGAAGAGUAUGCGAGAAUCCAUUCUUGGGGUAAUGAUCCUAAGCGAAAGGGUGACUAUGAAACGGCCAGUCCUUGUUCGCCGGUCGACCUCCCGCAGACGCUGUUGGAGCCUAUUUUGGUCCGGCAUGCCAUUUGGAAAGGCUUUACUACACGUUUUGAUACGAGAUUCCUCUCUUUCACCGAGGAUAGUGGCAUCAUUACAGCCAAUCUUUGUGAUAAUCUCUCCCAACACGAGUACCAAAUUCGAACCAAAUAUCUCUUCGGCGCAGACGGGGCCCGCAGCCAAGUCGUCAAGCAACUCAACCUUCCCCUGGCAGUCAAAUCGGGCCAAGGCCUCGCAAUUAAUGUCCUUGUCCGUACCGAUUUAUCCCAUCUCAUCGAGCACCGCAAGGGUAAUCUGCAUUGGGUUAUGCAACCGGAUCGUGAACACCCCGAAUUUGGCUGGAUGGCAAUUGUACGGAUGGUCAAGCCAUGGAACGAGUGGAUGUUUAUUUUUUUUCCGACAAAUGAUUUUGAUCCGCACGCAAAUCCAUCGAAUGAGGAGUAUUUACAGAGGGUGCGCGAGAUUAUUGGUGAUGAAACACCAGCAGAUAUUACUGAUAUCUCGAAGUGGAAUAUAAAUGAGAUAGUCGCGGAAGAGUACUCCCGGGGGAAUAUAUUCUGUCUCGGUGAUUCCGUCCAUCGCCACCCACCAUUGAACGGACUGGGCUCAAACACCUGCAUCCAAGACGCAUUCAACCUUGCCUGGAAAAUCGCCUACGUUCACCAGGGGCUCGCAUCUCAAUCCCUAUUAUCAAGUUACUCAACGGAAAGACAGCCCGUCGGCCACUCUAUCAUCACGCGCGCAAACCAGGCAUUCCGUGAUCACUCGCACAUUUGGGAUGCAUUGGGGAUGUUAAACAAAGAUGUCGAGAGCCGAAGAGCUGUGCUCGAGGAAUUGUCUGCUGUGACGCCAGGCGGGCAGAAGCGACGUCGUGCUCUGCAAGAUGCUAUCUCGCAUACGCGCCAUGAGUUUCACGGUUUGGGGGUUGAGAUGAACCAACACUACUCUGGCCCGGGGGUUUACGAUGCGGAUGAAAAGCAGGCAUAUGCCCAGUAUGGAAAAGCUGCGGAAGACUCAGUCCUGUACCACGAACCCAGUACAUAUCCGGGAUGUCGGUUGCCGCAUGCUUGGCUCAAUAAGUCCGUUCCGGGGAAACCGAUUUCUACGAUUGAUCUGGCAGGACAUGGGGCGUUUAACCUUCUCACUGGCGUUGGAGGCGAGCCCUGGAAAAUAGCUGCGGAGUCUGUGUCUAAUAAAUCGGGAGUUCCGUUAAGGGCCCAUUCUAUUGGGUUCCGGCAAGACUGGGAGGACAUGUAUUAUGACUGGGAGCGGGUGAGGGGGGUGAAUGAGUCUGGAGCUGUGUUGGUAAGGCCGGAUCGGUUUGUGGCUUGGAGAGUACCUGAAGUGUUGGAGAAUGUAGAUAUGUGUGAAAGGAAGUUGGGUGAUGUAUUGAGAUCGAUUUUGGGUGUUAUCAAACUUUAG